AAGGACGCCGUUUCAGAGCAGCUCCUCCUCCGCCUGCUCUGCAGCGCCUGCCAUUCAAUCAUCCCGCACACCCACCUCCCGCCUUCCAAACCGCCCUCCUCCGGCGAGCCUCCCUGCCGCUGACUCUCAGUCGGCAAGCCAGACGAAACCAGCCGCACUCCGAACAAAGGAGCCUCCCCGGCAGUCACAGGGCGGCCUGCUCGCCUCAGCCCUGGAGCCUGCGGCUGGGCUCGAUCGGUUAGGGAGGAAGCGGCCGUUCCUCUCGCCGACGCCGCAGAGAGCGUAAAUCCAGCCCCCGGCUCUACCCCGGCGCCUCGGCCGAGCCUGAGGCAGGUCCCCCUCGAUGGAGACGUCUGGAAGCCUCAAGCCCAUUCCCCACCCUGAGAUGUUCUUUCACAAAGUAGUCGAUGGCAUAUGUGGCCGUGCAUACCCUCGCUAUCAAGACUAUAACACUGUUUGGAAUUUGGCAGAGUGGAUGAAGGUGCUAGAACAAAGUGCUGCAUACUUCAAGAGUGCAGUUGGCAAAGAUCUUUCCGAUGAAGAGGCUCUUCAGCAGUUGAGUGAGCUGAGUUCUGACCAACAAAAAGCAGCAAUGACUUGCUUGAAAGCCAGAAGACACGAUAUCAGGCGUGCCCUGGUUGAAAAAACAAAUGCCAUCUGUUCUGCACAGCUCUUGGAUUUUGACUGGCAGCUGAAGCUUGCCCUCUCAAGCGAUAAACUAUCCAUGCUACAAAUGCCACUUCUAAACCUUGAUCUGGAUUUGGCAGAGAAUGGUGAUGUCAAGCUGUUCUCAAUAGAAAUGAAUAAGGAGGAGCUACAGAACCUGAUCAGUGCAUUGGAGGCAGCUAAUAAGGUUGUCCUCCAACUGAAAUGAUUCCAGCCACCUGCAGUGCCUCUCAAUGAAGAUAAAAGAAACGUAUAUUGUACAAAAUAAAGGAAUCGUACCUUCGAAUGGCUGAGGCAUUAGAAGUGUAAGAUAAAGGAUUAUUAUCAU